CAUCGUCAACAAAUGUGCCGAAUUAUUACAAAAUCUUCCAAAUUAAGGAUUGAGUAUAUAAAUUCGAUAUGAAUCCUCCAAACUACAUCAGUUCUGAUCUCUUCGUCUUAUAGUGAACAACGUAAACCAAAUCAAACCAUCAUGUACAAGACCAUUGCUCUGACCUUAGCCCUCGUGGCUGCCGUUACCGCCCAGUACGGACACCAAUCCUACGGCGGCUACCACCAAGAACCAUCCUACCCCUCUGAGCCAAUCAAGUACCAGUACAAAUACGAGGUCCACGACCCCCACACCCACGACAUCAAGAGCCAGGAAGAAAGCGGAGACGGACACUACGUCAAGGGCUACUACAAGCUCGUCGAACCCUACGGUGGAGAGCGCAUCGUCCACUACUCUGACGACGGACACGGAUUCGUGGCUCAUGUCCAGACCUCCCAUAUCUCCCAUCCCCAGGACUAUAAGAAGGCUAGCUACGGACACGGAUACUCAGCUCCAUCCUACCACUAAAUGUCCUAAUGUCUGAUUUUCCGGAUCGGAGGAUCCUUCAGCUCCUACCUCAACGAUCCUGCAAAGUCGUUUUUCGGGGAGUCAUUUGACUAGACGCAUUAUGUCAAGCGACUGAUUUUCUCCAAAAAUUGUCGGGAUACCCAGAAGUAGAAGAAAAAACAAUUACGCUUAUAGACCUACUGGAACCCGUUAUGUUACUGACGAGUGUUCGUGUAAAAUAUUAUUGAAACCAAAUAUUCCAUAGGAUUACAUUAAUUCUAUGAUACGUUAUUUUAAGCAAAUAUUUCAAUAUGAAAAAUUUGAAAAAAAAAAUAAAAAAUCAUACAAUUCAUAAAA